UGAACACUUAGAAGUUUCCUAACCUGUCUUUCUUUCUCUAUCAUUUCCCGCAACUUUCCCCGGCAUGGAUUUCUUCUUCUCAAAGUUUUCUCUACUCCUCUCCGAACCCUAGAAAAUAAUCCCAAUAUCGCCACUGGAAAAGUUCGAUGUUUAUAUAAUUCAAUAAGUUUAUUUAAACAUAAAAAUUAAGAGAAAGAUUUGGGGGCGGCGGUAGCAAUGAGCUGGAGGAGGACGGCGAAGUCGUUGCAGGCACUGGCAGCCCACACCUUGCUUCUAUGCUUUACCCUUUUUCUGGUGCUCAAGCUUGAUCGUAUAAUCUUCAGCUCUUGGUGGAUAGUAUUCUUUCCUCUAUGGUUAUUUCAUGCAGUUAUUGCACGUGGAAGAUUUUCACUUCCUGCUCCAGCAAUUCCCCAUGACCGUCAUUGGGCUCCAUGCCAUGCUGUUGUGGCCACACCAUUGCUUGUCUCGUUUGAACUACUUUUGUGUAUCUAUCUCGAGAGCUUAUAUGUCGACCAUUAUGCAGCUGUUAAUUUAAGAAUUGUGUUCCUUCCCUUGUUGGCAUUUGAAAUAACUAUUUUAAUUGACAACUUAAGAAUGUGCAAAUCUUUGCUUCCUGGGGAUGAUGAAAGCAUUUAUGAUGAUGCAUUCUGGGAGACGCUUCCUCACUUUUGGGUUGCACUCUCUAUGGUGUUCUUUGUAGCGGCUACAGUCUUCACCCUUCUCAAACUCACUGGUGAUGUAGAUGCUUUAGGUUGGUGGGACCUAUUUAUAAACUAUGGUAUUGCCGAGUGCUUUGCAUUUUUCAUAUGUACAAAGUGGUCUAAUCCCAUGAUUCAUAGACGUUCUGCCACACGGGAAGCAAGUUCUUCUUCUGCCUCUAUUCGAUAUGCUGAUUGGCUGUCUUCAGAAGAUCAAUUUGAAGAUAGAAUGUGUGGUUUACAUGACAUAGGUGGCCACCUAAUGAAAAUUCUAAUUAUUUGUUUCCAAGUUCUCCUAUGUAUGCAUUUGGAGGGAACACCCUUAGGGGCCAGAUAUGUUCCUCUUCCAGUUCUCUUCUCCCCGAUCUUUGUACUGCAAGGGGUUGCAGUUUUAUGUUCACUGUCUAGAGUCAUCGAGAAAGUUACCCUUUCCCUUCGAAGUGGAGCUGGUACAGGAAGUUAUCGAGUACUCUCUUGGCUUCGUGAUUACUUUUCUUUUUUCCAUCGUGGAUCCAGGCUUUUGGGUUGGUGGUCUAUUGAUGAAACCAAUCAAGAACGGGCCCAGCUCUUCUGUGAUACUGCAUCUGGUUACAAUACCUUUUGUGGCUAUCCACCUGAAGUAGUGAAGAAAAUGCCUAAGAAGGAUCUUGCUGAAGAGGUUUGGAGACUUCAAGCAGCCCUUGGUGAACAAACAGAAAUCACAAAGCUAAGUCUACAGGAAUAUGAGAGACUUCAAAAUGAAAAAAUUCUUUGUCGGGUUUGCUUCGACAGAGAAAUUAGUGUAGUUCUCCUUCCAUGUAGACAUCGGAGCCUCUGCAGCACAUGCUGCAGUAAGUGCAAAAAAUGCCCUAUUUGUCGGGUUGUCGUCGAAGAGCCCUUAUCUGUAUAUGAUGUUUGAAGCUUUAAUCCAUCGAAGUUUUAGUUGUUUGGGUUGAAGGAAGCGCCAGUGUACAUUUUUCGUACAUGAAGGAAGGUGUCAGCAUUGUUAACCAGAAGAGUGCAGCUUCUUUUUCUUUGACUGAACCAACACACCAUAAGUGGGAGGAUAUUUUAAUAUAAGAUUGCAGUCCUUAUUUUAUGCUGUGAUCCCUUGUUUUGGUUGUAAAUCAAUGUGGGCUUUGUUUAGUUUUUUAUUUUAUUUUGAAAUCACAUUAUCAAUAUUAUCUUAUUAAUUUGUAUUAACCACAUUACCGGUAAAUGAAAAAAAUCAUGUGCACUGCCGUUAUUGACUGUCAUAUUGUAAUACUCCGUAUUAGUGUUUAUAUAUAUAUAGUUCACACGAGAUAGAUGAAGCUCUGGUUUAA